AUGCCAGCAACAGACGCCUCAGCUGGUCCCAGACCAGAACCAGAACCACUUACCAAGCUCCCCUUCGAACCAGUCACCAAGUCACAUAUAUUGAAUUGCUCCUACGAUUCCUGGCACCCAAAAUACCGCAACUCAGCCCUCAAAUCCCGCAUCAUUCCCCUCACCCCCGCCUUCCUCUCCUACCUUCGCGAAGACGGCAUCGUCCUCCCAAGCGAAACACCUACCUUCCCACCCCCAUCAACAUACAAAGAUGACAGUACAAUUUCCGACUGGGACGAAGAUCCAACACCAGAUCCCUCCCUUGUCUUCUCCGCUAUUCAUCAACAAAUCAAAGACACAAUCGCUGAGUUCGGUGGUCUCGUCGCCCCGAAGCUUAACUGGUCUGCUCCGAAAGACGCGACAUGGAUUUCUAUGAAGAAGAAUAGCAUGGAGUGCUCUACACCGAAUGACAUAUACUUGCUCCUCAAAUCUUCGGACUUCGUCACUCACGACCUCGAGUACGCUUUCGACGAUUGCGCAGAAGACGAUACGGUCAAGCAAGAAGAUAUAAACUACGUUCUUGUUCUACGGAAAUGGUUCAGAGUCAAUCCAUCUUGCGAAUUCAGAUGCUUCGUAAAGAAUAGACGAGUAAUCGGGAUCUGCCAGCGGGAUUUGAAUCAUUUCGAUUUUCUGUUCCCACUGAAAGACAGAAUACGCGAUACAAUACUGGACUAUUUCGAGAACACAUUGAAGGAAUCCUUCCCAGAUAAGGACUUUGUUUUUGAUAUCUAUUUACCGAAACCCUAUGACAGAGUACGACUGGUAGACAUAAAUCCCUGGGCACCCCGCACCGAUCCUUUACUCUUCUCCUGGUUGGAACUCCUCACGAUGCCACUACCCAAACCGCUGCUGGGAAUCCCAGAUUCAGAUUCAACACCUUUAGAAAAAUCUAGCGACGAAGACACGACGACUGAGGACGAGGACGCAGAGGAAGUCGCUUGGAAGCCGGAGAUGCGGUUAGUGAGGAAAGAUGACCCAGAAGCAUACAGUUUCGCCAGCCCGCAAUAUAGUGCGCAUAAGCUGCCAAGAGAUGUGGUGGAUGCGAGUCUGGGUGGUGAAAGCGCGAUGAGAGACUUUGCGAAUAAUUGGAAGGGCAUGAUGGAGGGGGGUGUGGGUAUGCAGGGGCCUGGGGAGGAAAGCGAUACCGAGGACGAGGACCGGGUCAUGGGAUUAAUGCGGGAGUGCGCACUAGAUGGCGGUAAAUGA